AUGGCGACCUCAUCUUCACCAUCCAAGGCCUUCGAUACCGACGUUUCCACCUCACUCACCAAUGCCUCCCUCAUCGACUUGGAGAGACGUCUGCGUCUGAAAGUCGAUUGGCGAUUAUGCACCAUCGCCGGCAUUCUCUGCUCUCUCAACCUUCUGGACUCCGGCAUCAUCUCCUCCGCAAGCGUGACGAGUAUGCUGAGCGACUUGGAACUCGAUCGUGACGGACGCUAUUCCGUCUCGAUUUUCAUCUUCACGAUCUCAAGCAUUGCCUUCCAACUCCCUAGUACCAUCGCCGUCCGAAGAAUCGGUCCCAGAAUCUGGUUCUCGUUCAUCACAUUCUCCUUCGGACUCAUCACCAUGUGUACGGCGUUCAUACACACCUGGAAGGAAAUGAUCGCGUUACGAGUGCUUUUGGGAAUGUGUAUGAGUGGGAUUUAUCCGGGCUUGAGUUAUCUGAUUGCCGCUUGGUAUUUGAGGAAAGAACAGCAGACUAGAUUCGCGUUUCUGCAGAGUGGACAAGUCAUGAUUCUGGCAACUGGUUCGAUUGUGAAUUUUGGCUUGAAUCAGCUGAAUGGGCGAGGUGGGUUGGAGGGUUGGAGGUACAUGUUUCUCGUGCAAGGCCUUAUUACGAUUUUCCUUGGGGCUUUAACUUAUUUCUGGAUGGUCGACUUUCCAGAACUCGCGCAUAAGAGCCUUUGGUUUUUGACGCCCGAGGAACAGGAUUUGGCGAUUGGGAGAAUACAGAAGGAUCGCAAAGAUGUUCAAGCUGAUCCUUUUACUUGGGGAAAAGUUCUGGUACACGCGAAGGAUGCAAAGGUUUAUGGCUUUGCGUGCAUGUUCUUCUUGGUCAACAUCGUUUCGACUGCGUUGUCGUACUUUUUGCCGAUCAUCUUGCAGUCUGGUAUGGGCUUCAGCGAGAACGAAUCGAUUCUCUUGUCAGCACCGCCAUAUUACUACAGUGUCAUUCCAGUCAUCAUUUCCUCCGUGGUCAGCGACAAGUACAACAUUCGAGGGCCGGUCAUUUUCUUCAACUCCGUCUGCCUGAUCAUAGGCUUCUGCAUGCUUGGCUUCGUUGAUCAAGUCACGGUCCGAUAUAUCGGAACGUAUCUGGCGACGGGAGCAUACGUCUCGAACUGGGCAGCAAUCACAGCGUACUAUAACAACAACAUCGCCGGUCAAUGGAAACGGGCAUUCACAGCUGCCGCGGUCACAGCUAUGAAUGGAGCAGGUGGUAUUGCUGGAAGUUACAUUGUGCGACAAAGCGAAGCGCCGACGUAUCAUACUGCUGUGUGGAUUUCGAUAGGUUCGCACAUCUUGCUUGUUGGCUUUGUCGCGGCUUUCUCGCUUUACUUUUGGACGGCAAACAAGAGGCAAAGGGCUGGCAAGGCUUUGCUUGAAAGGACAGAGGGAUUCCGAUAUACUUACUAA